GGGAAAGAUAUUCGUUGAUUAAAAAUUCAUGGUUCAUCAACACAUAAUACAAACAACACAAAAUACGUAAAAAAAAAAAAUGAUUAAAACCUUUUCAUUCUGUGUCACGAAACGGAUGAUGUCCAAUGUAGCACGUAGAUUCAAUGUCUGCCAUUCUGGAUGCAUGUGGUAAUGACACCGGAUCUCCCUCGAUAUCGAAAGCUGAGGACAACUUGUCGAACAGUGACGGACCGCUGAUCAGGGGCUGCGUUCGUCAAAAUAGCUGCAGUAGCGUUCACAUAAGUUCCGAAAACGUUAAUCGAACGACAAUUGUGUCGUCUUACACCAUGUCGGCGUCUAACGAGAAGUUAACAAAACGACGGUACUGCCUGUGGACCUUGACCUUUGUCCUGGCGAUACUCGGACUUUGCAAUCUGUUCCUAAACAUCACCGUGAUCGCUGUCCUACGAAUCAGCCAAGGAAUGGAAGCGAUGGAAGUAAUACCCGACGAGAAUCUUGUGAAAUUCUAUGGGAAAACCGACUUGGACAGGGUGUGCCUGCAGUCAGGAGUUUGUCAGAGUUACGGGGACGAACCGAUGGAAAUAUCCGGCGACGAAGCUGGCGUGCAGAUACACGUGAACAAUCACCGAUUGUACGACGAAACGCGUGCCAAAGUAAUGAUCUUGUCGAACGGCACCACCAUGUCGGAAGUGGAAUCGUUCGAGCUGAAGGAUCCAGCGACCGGGAUCGUUUACUUCACGACCGACUUCCCGAAUUUCGGUUUGCCCGCGGGCGUGGAGAAAAUUGACGUGAAAAUCGCGGAAACGCACAGAAUCACGUCGCCGGUUAACGAAAGCCUCACCGUGAACUCUGACGACCAAAUUUCUAUACAGGGCGCAGAAGGCGCCAGCAUGGAGAGCAAGGAUAUCGUCUGGAGCGCGGACACGGAUAUUUUCUUGAAAAGCGUCAACGGAAGCAUCAUCCUCGACACGAAAGACGGCGUCUCCAUCGACGUAGAAAACAUACCAGUCGCGCCGAUGUUCCUGCAGAAUCCGUCUAGCCACGAGCAAUACAAAGUCUGCAUUUGCAUGCCGCAAGGCAAGCUUUUCAAAGUAGCGAUUCGUGCUGGUGCUAACAGCCGAUCGAUUAACUGUGCUCGUAUCAGUCGGACCCCGGAGAACGAUCCUUGCUUGCGAUAGGAUCGAAACAUCAUCAAAUUUUUUAUUGCAAUCUUGUUAACAUAUCCAACACUGCCAUAUGUAAGAAACCUAAACGGGCAACAUCUGAUUUGUUGCUCGAAUUACCGAGCGUUAGUUGAAUAUUUCAGACGAUUUAAGAAAAAUAUGUAUUUACGUAUAGAUGAAUUUGAAAGACACUAGGAAUUUGGAUCAUAACGUUAUAAUAGAUACACGUAAUUCGAGUUUUAUUCGAGGUGUCAUGUACAAUUCCACACACAGUUUGAUCACGUGAAAACAUCAAUACUAGUUACGUUGUCAUUAAUAAAAAAUCAUACAUACUUGGAAUUCGUAUACAAUACUGAAUACAUUGACUUUUGUAUUGGAUAAUCAAGGUUAAAUCAUAGAAAAUAGUACAGAAUUCUUACCCCAUAGUAAGAAGAGCACUGAAUGAAAACAUAACUAAAUUGAAUAAAAAGUUAAGCACUCUCUGUUAUCA